GUGGCUCCAGACGGGGAGCUGCCCGCCCGGGCGGCUGGUGCAAAUACGCGGCGAGGGCGGGCCGGGCCAGGGAAGCCGCCGCCGCCGCCGCCGCCGGACCCCCCGAAGCUGCGAGGUCGCGCUUCGUCGCCGGCUGGAGGUGGUUUCAGUCGGGGAAGGAGUGGAGAUCUGCCGGGAGCUUCUGUUUUGUGGAGUACUUCAGAGCUUUCUACUCUUUCCAGUUUUUUAACACCCCUCCAGGGAAGGUCAUUCAUCAGUAUCAUCAGGUUUCAGCUAUGUGGCUCUACCUGGCUGUCCUGGUGGGGCUUUACCUCCUUCGUCGCUGGUACCGGGAGAGACAGACGGUGGAGAGCCUGACGGAGAAAUACGUCUUCAUCACCGGCUGCGACACUGGCUUUGGGAACCAGCUGGCCAGGCAGCUGGAUGCUCGGGGUCUGCGGGUGCUGGCCGCUUGCCUCACUCCGGAAGGGGCAGAGCGUCUGGAAAAAGUCACUUCCGACCGGUUAAAAACCACCCUGCUGGAUGUCACCAGCACUGAGAGUGUGGCAGCAGCCGCUGAGUGGGUGAAAACAUGCGUGGGGAACAAAGGGCUCUGGGGCUUGGUCAACAACGCAGGUACAGGUGACCCUGUAGCUAUCAAUGAAUGGCUGACUAAGGAGGACUUCGCCAAGGUGUUGAACGUCAACCUGCUUGGGCUGAUUGAUGUGACGUUGCACAUGUUGCCCCUGGUGAGGAAAGCCAAAGGGAGGGUGGUCAAUGUGAGCAGUGUGAUGGGAAGACUGGCAUGCUUUGGAGGAGGGUAUUGCCCAUCCAAGUACGCUGUGGAAGCCUUCUCAGACACUCUGAGACGUGAACUUUCUCCAUUUGGGAUAAAGGUCAGCAUUGUUGAGCCUGGUGCUUUCAACACAUGCAUUCUCCAACGUACAUUAGACAGCUUCCAGACUUCAUGGAACAAAACCCUUUCUGAAACCAAAAAAGCCUAUGGGCAGCUGUUCUUUGACAACCUUUUGAAGACCUUGCAGAGCCUCAUGAAAUCUAGAAACAAGAACCUCUGCUUGGUCACUGAUUGCAUAGAACAUGCCCUGACUUCCUGCUACCCUCGCUCUCGCUACAGUGGCGGCUGGGAUGCCAAGUUCUUCUACCUUCCAUUGUCCUACUUGCCAACCUCGGUAGCAGACUACAUGGUGACCUACUCUUGGCCAAAACCAGCACAAGCAGUGUCAGGAUGAACCAACAAGCCAUUGCUUCCUGUUCAGGGAUUAAUAUCCUGAUAUAAUGCAGAAUCAUCAAUAGGGCGAGGAUUUCUAUGACAUGUCAUAUUUUUUCUGGAACCUUUAUUUGAAUUUAUAAGUAAGUUAAAACAUGUUUUAGAGUAAUCUGGUAAGAAUUAGAUGCUUUUUAUUUUGCCUGAAAAGUCAUAUUAUGGCUUUUUAAAGGUGUAUGUCAUAUUUCUGCUUAAUUUGUAAUAAACAUCAUAUUUUGGUCA